UCCUGCUAACAGAAAUCACCAAAUGGCGGACGACGCCGGUGGUAGAGGAGGUUUUCGCGGAGGUUUCGGCACCGGGGGCCGAGGUCGUGGCCGUGGACGCGGCAGGGGCCGCGGACGUGGUCGUGGGGCCAGGGGUGGCAAGUCCGAGGACAAGGAGUGGGUGCCUGUGACCAAGCUUGGUCGCCUUGUUAAGGACAUGAAAAUCAAGUCCCUGGAGGAGAUUUACCUGUACUCCCUCCCCAUCAAAGAGUCGGAAAUCAUUGAUUUCUUCCUGGGCACUGCACUGAAGGAUGAGGUUCUGAAGAUCAUGCCUGUGCAGAAGCAGACCAGGGCUGGACAGCGCACCAGGUUCAAGGCUUUUGUUGCCAUUGGUGACUACAAUGGACAUGUUGGCCUGGGAGUGAAGUGCUCCAAGGAGGUGGCAACUGCCAUUCGUGGUGCCAUCAUCUUGGCCAAGCUGUCCAUCGUCCCUGUGAGGAGAGGCUACUGGGGUAACAAAAUCGGAAAGCCCCAUACUGUGCCCUGCAAGGUUACUGGCCGCUGUGGCUCAGUACUUGUGCGUCUGAUUCCUGCCCCCCGUGGUACUGGCAUCGUGUCUGCUCCUGUUCCCAAGAAGCUUCUCAUGAUGGCGGGUAUUGAUGACUGCUACACCUCCGCUAGAGGCUGCACUGCCACCCUGGGCAACUUUGCCAAGGCAACAUUUGAUGCCAUUUCCAAGACCUACAGCUACCUGACCCCUGACCUCUGGAAGGAGACAGUGUUCACAAAGUCUCCUUAUCAGGAAUUCACGGAUCAUCUGGCAAAGACCCACUCAAGGGUUGCUGUACAGAAGGCUCUCCAGGCAGCCACAUAAAGUUUUGUACAACAGAUGAAGUAAAAUGUUGAAUCCA